CACACACCUGCUCUCACCAAUCGCCGCCUCACCCUUGUCGCCCUGCUGCAGCUUUCUUUUGCCGCCUAUACGUGUCGCCUUUUACUAACACCUACCUUGCACCUCAUACGCACCGACUACCAGACAUGGCCGACGCACGCGGGGAAUACUGGUACUUUGGGCCUGGCGUCGAUUCGUCCAAGAUAACGGUGCCUGAGUUGCGCAGUAUCUUGCUCAAGCAUGGCGUUGGGUACCCAUCGUCAGCGAAGAAGCCGCAGCUGGUAGCUCUCUUCAACGAGUCUGUCGCUCCUCAGGCUGCGCAAGUGCAGAGGACACAUGCGCGCACGAAGCGCACCACACGAGGCAUCAUAGAUGUGCCGUCAAGCUCCAACAGCACCGUCGACGACGCCGAAGACGACACGCUGGUCGCCCCAACGCCUGCGACGAGGCGAACUGCGCGCCGCACGACUCGCGGAGCAACUGAGGAUGCUGGAGACGUUGCGCCGCUAUCGCGCGCAAAGUCUCCUUCGCGCGCUGUACCUGCAAAGCACCGCAGAGCGCUUGAACCUGAGAUCGACGAGGGCCCGGCAGCCAGGCGCACCCGCAAGAGCGUCACUCCAGCCUUCAAGGAACCUACACCUGACCCAGAGACAUGGCAUCGCACCGGCCCUGAGAGCCCAUUUACUCAGGACAACCCUUUCCAGAGUGGUAGCUCGCCAGCAGGUCCCGACACCACAGCACGUGAUAAGAGCAGGAGGAGAACCUUGGGUUCUGAGCUCAAGCCGAGGCGCAAGAGCGAUGCGCACCGCCGACGAACAGCUGAGCCCAGCGCAGAACAGUACGAUGAAGGCAUUGUUGUGCCCUCCCGCAAGACAUUUGACGUAGCCGCCCCACACGCGAAAGAGGAGGAACACGAGAGCACAGAUGCAGGCGAAGAGUUCACCCCAGAAGAGCAGCUGGAACUGGUUCGAGAGCGCGCAAAGAGCGGGCAGGUGGACAUACUACCGCCUCGAAGGCGUAAGCAGUCUUCGAAGGCAACAGGUACCCUGAAGGCCUUCUCAGCGACACUCCUUCUCACGACUGCCGCUGUGUUCGGUGGUGUUUGGCGGCAAGAGAAGGUCGAAGUGGGCUUCUGUGGUAUUGGGAGGGAAGCUACGAGCCUUGCAGGCGUAGAGGUGCCGGAAUGGGCAAGCGACGUUCUCCCACAGUGUGAGCCUUGCCCGCCACACGCACAGUGCUAUAGAGGGCUGGAGCUGACGUGCGAUCGCGACUUCAUCCGAAAAGAUCACCCAUUGUCACUAGGUGGUCUUAUUCCCCUGCCACCGACCUGCGAACCGGACAGCGCGAAGACGCGUAAGGUUACAGCCGUCGCAAACAAAGCGGUAGAAAUCUUGCGAGAGAAGAGGGCUCAAUAUGAGUGCGGCGAGCCAGAUGCGGAGGGCAAGCCUGUUGAGACCCCCGAGGUCGCUGAGGAGGAGUUGAAGCAGACGCUGGCCGCACACACGCAGAAAGGCAUGACCGACAAGGAGUUCAGCGAGCUAUUCGAUAGAGCUUUCCCCGAGACGGUUCUGCGAGAUGAGGUCGUUGAGACUACAGAUGCAACUACUGGAAAACGAAAACUCGCCUCAACCUCUCUCGCAAAACUCUCCCUCACCUGCAGCAUCAGGAGAUCCCUCAUACAAUCCUUUGAACGACAUCUUCUCCAGAUUGUGAUCUUCUUCCUACUGGUUGCCUCUGGUUCUUAUGGUCGAUAUUCAUACACGACAAGCCGAGCCAUGGAAGUCCGCGCGAAGCAGCUUGCUAGUGAAGUGUUCGACAGGCUCGCCAACCACGCCGCACUCAGCUACCAGGAGCCUGGUGCGUACCCCGAGCGCGGUGUCAGCAUGGCACAGUUACGAGACGACGUUCUUCGCAACGAGUUCUCAUCUUCACGGAGGCAGAAGCUGUGGGAGAGGGUACAAAAGAAGGUCGAGUUCAAUUCGAACGUACGUGCAGCAGUUAGGACAGCGAAUAGUGGUGAUGUGGCGCGCAUGUGGGAGUGGAUUGGUCCGAUGCAUCUGAUUGAGGACGGUCGAAGCAGUGGCAAGCGAGAGAGUGGCCGCUUCAGCAUCGAGAACACACCGUCAACUGUAUCGAAGGAGAUGACAGAGAAGAAGUCGUGGGAUGAAGGGCAUCCUAUCUACUAGAUGAUGCCGCACUGCUCAUCAGAUUUGUUCGAGUUAUAGAGUGGAGGUCAUGGGCGUUAUGGCGGUUCGCUUGAGAUUCGCAUGAUACCACUUCGUAAUGACAUUUCUUUUGCAUCGACAAGCCG